AUGCGCGGCUACUGGAACUCGUUUACACCGCGAGAGCGGCGAAAUAUGGCCGUUUACAUCCUGGGAAUCAUGCUUUACAAGCUCGGGCUCGAAUCGUUCGUUGGAUCUAUCAUUACUCUCGCCACCGACCGUUUUACCGCAGCAAACACGUUUAGCAAGCUAGGCGCUCUCACUGGCCUCCACCAAGCCAUGCAAGUCAUCGGAUCCAUUCUCAUCGCGCCCCUAAUAAAAAGAUUUGCCACUCGUUCCGUCUUGGCCACUGCCAUUCUCGUUUUCGGUCUUACUACAUCCCUUUUACUCAUUCUCGACGCAUGUACUGGUGGAAAACCCAAGUUUCUCAACGGGGGAAAGCUCAAAUACGGGACAUGGGACCCUAACCUACUAUUUCCUCUUUACAUGGUCUCUGGAAUCGCGUAUGGGAUGGUGGAGCUUAUUCGGCGCACAAUCCCUCGGGAUAUAGUUGGUGGAGACGUCCAGAGCAAGUCGUCAACAGCACCCACCGAGCACCUUACUUACCUAUAUUCCCAGAGCUCCCUCGCGUAUGAUUGGGAUAUUCUAUCUAGUGGCAACAACUUCUCCUUUAUGAUCACGCCUCCUCUCUUCAUCGUGGCCGGCAUCAUCUGGAGCUUUAUCGACAAACUUGACCAAGAAACUGAGAGAAGCAGCUACAUGCAGUCCAUCAUCGUGGGCACCCGCGCAUUUAUGCGCUCGACCUAUAAGGGUGCCAUCAUCUGUUUCUCUCACCGCCGUUUUAUCUGGCUCCUCCCAGGUUACUCGCUUGCUCUGUACGGCCAUCGCUAUCUCGAGAAUGCGCUCGCUCCAGCUAUUGCCAAGCGCAUCAUGCUCGAUUCCUCCUAUUCGCAAAUCAUGGUCACCGGCUCCAAUUUGGGCGAGCUCUUUGGAGCCAUGUUUGUCCUUCUCACGACUUCGUACAUCCAAACUCCACUUCCAUUCCUUCGCUUCGACGCACUUGCACUCGCCAUUCUCUGGGUGCUUCCAAGCUAUUCUCGUCAGAUCCAGCCGCAUCAAGUUGUCUACGCCUGGAGAAUCGCCGCGAUGUUCAUUCCCGUCUCGAUGGGAUGGGCCGCGGGAGAUGUCUCGUUGGCAGCCUUUAUCCAAUCUUCCCUUCAGAGACUCGAGAGCACUGACUCGCAAGUGUCAGCGCUUGGAUCUGUCAUGGCCUUCCUCUACUCAUCAUAUAUCAUCAUGUAUGCAAUCCUGGGCAGCAUGUUGGGAACCUACAUCGACAAGGUCUACAAAGAAGAUGGCAACAUCUAUCGCGCCUUGGUCAAUGUCGGCGGUGUUCAUUUUACGGUCCUCGCUGGCAUCAUCAUGCUAGCGACUUUGACACCGCGGGGCGCUUGGGCCUUGAAUCCAAGCGUCAUCAACGAUAUAAAACGAGAAGACUCUGACGAGGGUGACUUGGAGGAACAGCAGCGGAAUGCUCCUCACCACGAAGAAUGGGCCGAUGGUACACAUCGCAGUGGCUCAGACCGUGGGGAGAUGGCCGAAAGCAUUAUGCUCGAGGAGCCUCCAAAACAGCCCGAGGAGUCCGCCAGGCCACCGGAAAUAUACAUCCACAUCGCCCCCGUUCCCCGUUCACCUGUAUAUCUUACCCAAAGGACGGAGCCCAUCAUACGCAUCAAUCAAUAG